CCGCCCCUCUUGGUUUCCGCCGCUUGCUGCUCGCGCUUGGGCUCGCGAUGGGGAAGAAGUCCCGGGCGGUACCCGGCCGCAGGCCCAUCCUGCAGCUCUCUCCGCCGGGUCCUCGAAGCAGCACGCCAGGCCGAGACCUGGAGCUGGAACCCGACACGGAGCCGGACUCUACAGCGGCGCCGCCUAGCCAGUCAGCCCCUGUGGCGGCGGCGGCGGCGACCGCGACCACGACCACGGCGUCGCCCUCAGUGCCUGCCGCCGCGGCCCCAGACGACCCGCCUUCGGAAGAUGAACAAGAAAUGGUGGUGGAGGUUCCCAAAGUUGUACUAAAUCCUCCCAAACCAGUUAUGACCACCAGACCCACAGCCGUUAAAGCAACAGGUGGUUUAUGUUUACUUGGUGCUUAUGCAGACAGUGAUGAUGAUGAAAGUGAUGCUUCUGAAAAACCAGCACAAUCCAAAGAGGCAAAUGGAAACCAGUCAACUGAUAUUGACAGUACAUUGGCCAACUUCCUAGCGGAGAUUGAUGCUAUAACAGCUCCACAGCCUACAGUUCCUGAGGGAACUUCUGCUCCACCUCCAACACCACCUCGACCAGAGCCAAAGGAAGCAUCAUCAUCUGCCCUUUCCUCCACUACAUCAAAUGGAACAGACUCAACCCAAACACCAGAGUGGCAGUAUGAUACUCAGUGUUCUCUUGCAGGAGUUGGAAUUGAGAUGGGAGAUUGGCAAGAAGUCUGGGAUGAGAACACAGGAUGCUAUUACUAUUGGAACACACAAACAAAUGAAGUAACUUGGGAAUUACCCCAAUAUCUUGCCACCCAGGUACAGGGAUUGCAACAUUACCAGCCCAGUUCUGUAACAGGUGCUGAAGCUAGUUUUGUGGUGAAUACAGAUAUAUAUGCAAAGGAGAAAACAAUUUCUGUUUCUGUUUCUAGUAGUAAAAGUGGACCAGUCAUAGCCAAACGAGAAGUUAAAAAGGAAGUAAAUGAAGCAAUUCAAGCUCUCUCUAACAAUGAGGAGGAGAGGAAAGGAGUGGCAGCAUCCCUGCUUGCCCCUUUAUUGCCAGAGGGAAUAAAAGAGGAAGAAGAGAGAUGGAGAAGAAAAGUAAUUUGUAAAGAAGCAGAGCCAGUAUCAGAAGUAAAAGAAACGAGUACAGCAGAAGAAGAAACAGUGACCACAGUAAAGCCACAGGAAGCUCUAAUGGACAGUAUAGAAGAUCCUUCUCAGGAAGAUGUUUGCAGCGUUGUUCAGUCUGGAGAAAGUGAGGAGGAAGAAGAACAAGAUACCCUUGAGUUGGAGCUAGUUUUGGAAAGGAAAAAAGCAGAGUUGCGAGCCUUGGAGGAAGGAGAUGGUAGUGUGUCAGGGUCUAGUCCACGUUCUGAUAUCAGCCAGCCAGCCUCUCAGGAUGGAAUGCGCAGACUUAUGUCUAAAAGAGGAAAAUGGAAGAUGUUUGUUCGAGCCACGAGUCCAGAGUCCACCAGUCGGAGUAGUAGUAAAACUGGACAAGAGACUCCAGAAAAUGGAGAAACUGUGAUUGGUGCUGAAAAUUCAGAAAAAAUAGAUGAAAGUUCAGAUAAAGAGGUAGAUGCAGAAGAAUCGUCAGAGAAGAUAAAAGUACAAACAGCACCAAAAGUGGAAGAAGAACAAGAUUUAAAAUUUCAGAUCGGAGAACUGGCAAAUACCCUGACAAGUAAAUUUGAAUUUCUAGGCAUUAAUAGACAAUCCAUCUCCAACUUUCAUGUGCUGCUCUUACAGACUGAGACUCGAAUUGCAGACUGGCGGGAAGGGGCACUUAAUGGAAACUACCUUAAACGAAAACUUCAGGAUGCAGCAGAACAACUAAAACAGUAUGAAAUAAACGCCACUCCUAAAGGCUGGUCCUGCCACUGGGACAGGGAUCAUAGACGAUAUUUCUAUGUAAACGAACAGUCGGGCGAGUCUCAGUGGGAAUUCCCAGAUGGUGAGGAGGAGGAAGAAAGCCAAGCUCAAGAAAAUAGAGACCAGACUCUUCCUAAAUCAGCUUUGAAAGACAAAAGUGGCACUGAUUCAAAUCCUACAGAAUCCUCUGAAAAUUCCACAGGUUCCCUUUGUAAAGAAUCCUUUCCUGGUCAAGUUUCCUCUUCAUCACUCAUGCCACUUACUCCAUUCUGGACCCUCCUUCAGUCAAAUGUGCCAGUACUUCAACCUCCAUUACCCUUGGAAAUGCCACCACCUCCACCUCCACCCCCAGAAUCCCCUCCUCCCCCACCACCACCCCCACCUCCUCCUGCAGAAGAUGGUGAAAUCCAGGAGGUAGAAAUGGAGGAUGAGGGAAGUGAGGAACCUCCUGCCCCAGGAACAGAAGAGGAUACUCCUCUGAAACCUUCCACACAAACCACAGUUGUAACUAGCCAGAGUUCAGUUGAUUCUGCCAUCUCUAGUUCUCCUUCUACUAAAGCAAUAAAGAGGAAAGCCUCAGAAAUUAGUACUGCAGUGGUUCAAAGAUCAGCUACCAUUGGUAGUUCUCCAGUGCUCUAUAGCCAGUCAGCUCUUACCACAGGUCACCCUGCCACAGGGAUUGGACAUCAGGCUACAGGGAUUGGAUCCCAGGCAAUGUCAGUUAGCCAUCCAGCUGCAGGAAUGAGUCAUCAGGCCAGAGGAUUGAACCUGCAGUCAAAUUACCUUGGACUAGCAGCAGCAUCUACAAUUAUGACCUAUGCUGAAUGUUCUGUCCCAAUUGGAGUAACUACUCCCUCCUUGCAGUCAGUCCAGGCCCGGGGUACUGUGCCAGCCACUGCCAUUAUAGAACCACCACCUCCUCCUCCUCCUCCUCCCCCUCCAACACCUCCACCACCACCACCAGCUCCCAAAGUGCCACCACCAGAGAAGACAAAAAAAGGAAAGAAAGAUAAGACAAAGAAGAGUAAAACAAAAAUGCCAUCUUUGGUAAAGAAGUGGCAGAGCAUCCAGCGUGAGUUGGAUGAAGAAGAAAACUCAAGUUCUAGUGAAGAGGAUCGGGAAUCUACUGCACAGAAGCGAAUUGAAGAGUGGAAACAGCAGCAGCUGGUCAGUGGCAUGGCAGAAAGGAAUGCUAACUUUGAAGCCCUCCCUGAGGACUGGCGAGCAAGACUGAAAAGGAGGAAAAUGGCUCCAAACACAUAGUGGUUUUAUUUUGUAUUUUUUUUAAUUUAGUUUUGUGUUGUCUUAACAAGUUUUACUGUUGUCAAAUAAAUUAUAAGUGUUACUGAGGAGAGCCUUUCUUGGGCCAGGAGCAUAUGUUCACAAAGUUGUCCAUUCAUGAAAUGUAAUUUUUCUGUUUGCUGAAGGUAAGGUGAUUAGAAUUGCUCUAACGUGGCUACUUUUAUUCUCACAGGCAGUCUUAACAUGUUAGUAUCAAUCUUGAAUAUGUAGCUUGUGAGCAUGGCAUUUCAGUAGGGGACUUGACAAAAAGUGAAGGAUUUUCCUGCCUAUUAGAUCUUAAUUGAAUUCCCAUUUGACACACUUCAUUAACUUCCACUCCAGAACAAGUUCAAUUAAGAAGGCAACUUUUUAUUCUACUCUGCUUGGAUCUCUCUUUGACCUCUUUAGUCUGCCCAGAGAUGUUGAGGUCUGUCUGAUGGCCAACCUUAGAAGUAAAUCUUUUCUCAUAAGUUCCAGGAUUUGACACACUAGGUAGCAUAUUUAAAUUUUAAGUACAGGCAGGAAUAGCAGCCAUGGGCGUUCAUAGCUUUAUUUUGAAAUUUUUCCCUUGUGAAAAAUAUGUGGCAGUGUAACAGUAGCCGCUCCAUGUAUUAUGUUUCCAUUGUUCUUGCAUAUUCUAAAAUUUACCUUCCUUCUGUGUGUGAAUGUAUUUUCCAUAAAAUUCCAGUAUUUAGAAAAUAGUUCAUUGUCUGUACUAUCACAAUCAGGUAAAGUCACUUUAAACUGAAGAAAAGCAAAUUUGUGUUCAAAGCUAUUUGUAUUUCUCCAGUUUCUGACCUUGUAAAUAUGUAUAUAUGCACUAAUAAAAGUCUUUUUAUACUCCUGAUUGGUUAUCCUGUUCCUCGUUAAACUGUUAUUCCACAAUUAUGUAACCAGGACUUAUUUUAGUCAAUUCUUAAUUGCUGUUUUCUAUUCAAAUGUGGUGCAAGGUAUGCACAAACUGAACAAACAUUCAUGAAGAAGCUAGCAGUAUCUUGGGGUGGGGGGGAUGUAGAAAAAUAGGCCUCUAGCACCAGAUGGUGCUCAGUUUCUGGAGCUUAUACCCUAUUUAUAAAAUUUGACCUACUUAAGUCCUGGAAAUGAUGUAAUGUGGUUAACAUUCUGAAAAAUAUAAAGGUGCUUUAAAGGCUUUUUUCUUCUUACAUAUACAACGGUGAUUAUAAAAGUAAUGUAUACUUAAUAGUUGUAUAUAAUUGACCAAAGACAUUAGUUUAAAUCUUAUAUCCAUAUAUUCCUAUGCAUAUAAUUAAAUUUUUUUAACCUGGUCAUUGUCAUGUAUGAUAGUGUGUUGAAUUUUUGUUUACCAUAGUGAAUAUUGGGAUACCUGUUUUGUAUAUAAAAUUCUUUUGUUACUUGCUUAGAGUAAAUUUAUGCAAAUAAAUAAGGUUAUCAACUAGCAAA